AGAGUAGAUCAUCCUGCAAAGUCAAAGUCCAUUUGGCUAGCAGCACAACACAUUAUUGUCAAAAAAUAUAUUCUCCAGUAGCUGUGACUCAGUAUCACCAGUUUACUUCAAACAGUCAAACAGAGUCAGAAAAGACUGUAAACAACUGGCACUGAGGUGACAGGCAGAAGACCUCAACCACCAAUCAUAAUGGAAACAACAGCCUCCCUGUUCAAGUCAGUGUCUCGGCGGGUUUGGUCGCCCCCUCAGCGUCCAUUCAGAGUGUGUUCCUGGGACAGAGAGGUCAAAAAAGGGGUCACUGCUGGAACUUUAGAGGAGCUCAAAGAGAAGGCAGCCCAGGCUCUCUUGAUAUCUACUGUGCUGACUUUGGCGUGUGAAGAGGAUGGGACAGAGGUCGACUCAGAAGAGUUCCUCUUAGCUCUGCCAGACAACACUGUUUUCAUGGCCCUGACACCCGGAGAGACCUGGAAACCUCAUCCUUUACGCCAAAGAGGUGGAAACAAACCAGGUGAGAGUAAACCAAGUACAGGGAAAGAUAUUGCUCAGAUCACCUUUGACCUUUACCGUACGCACCCCAAAGACGUAUUCGGCUCACUAAAUGUUAAAGCCACAUUCCAAGGGCUCUACUCUGUCAGUGCAGAUUUUCAAUGCUUGGGGCCAAAGAAAGUCCUGAGGGAGGCCCUCAGAGUCAUGUCCACUCUACUCCAUGCUGCUGGACAAUUAUUGAUCUCAUCUGCUGCUGUAAUUCGCCGUAUUAUCCAUGGGGCAGAUCUUCUUCAAGCCCAGCAUGGCAAACCUAUAGAGUAUUGAGAAUAACUGGAGUAUAAGGAAUAACCAGAGAAGUAGGACAUCAAUCCGAGAUCACAAAAAAUGUAAAGAGGGAUGUUUUUUCUAAAAUAUUUCCUAGAUAGGUUUAUAUGGUAACACCACUAAGGUUCAUUUUAACAUGAAUGAAUUAGGUAUAAUAAACAAACAACAGUUAAUCUAGGCAAAUGUUCAUGUACACACCACACUUCAAAUGUUUGGGUUCAAUGUAAUUUAUUCCACUGAUGAUAAAGAUUAAUUUUUAGCCAUUUUUAACAUCCAUACUCCAGUCUCGAACAUUACAAAUCAUUUUUAGAAAUCAUUCUAAUAUGCUGAUUUGGUGCUCAAGAAAUAUUUCUUGUCAUUAUCAAUGGUAAAACUUCUGUGGGAAUCAUGAAGAGACAAAAGAACAGCAUUUAUUUGUUAGUGGAUGCAUUAAAUCUAAUGCAUUAAAUUAUGUUAAUGGACUUUAUUGUAAAUUGUGAAGUUAUACUUUGCUUGUUUAAUGGAAUAUUGCUCCAGUUGUUUCUAUGAAAA